UCGGACGUUGCUCGGUGCACAACUUUUAUCUGCCAAAAAAGCAAAGUUACAGUGGAAUUUGACGAAAAGAAAAUUGUGAAAAAAUUUGUAGAAAUUGUAGUUUAAAACUACAUUGCAUACGCGAAAAGAAAAAAAAUUAACAAAUUUGCAGUUAAAAAACUAUUUUGCACUUCAAGCACAUUUGUGGAGCUCAGCUUGAUUCUAAACAAUACAGCAGCCGUCUGUCAAGCAAACGCAGUGUUUAGCCAACGCAAUUCAAAAUGCCCGAAUUAACGCCAGUUCAGGAGUACUACAAAGGCAAAACCGUAUUCAUUACGGGUGCCUCUGGAUUUAUGGGCAAAGUUUUAGUCGAAAAGCUAUUAUACUCAUGCUCUGCUCUCAAGGAGGUCAUCAUUAUUGUACGUCCAAAGCGCGGAAAGAGCCCUGAAGUCCGUUUGGAGGAAAUGUUCAAGUUGCCCAUUUUCCAACGCAUACGCGAGGAAAAACCAGAGAUGCUGAAGAAAGUUACCAGCUUUAAUGGUGAUGUGACUUAUGAAAAUCUUGGUCUGAGUGGUGAAAACUUGAAGUAUGUCACCGACAACACAAACAUUGUUUUCCAUAUGGCAGCCACCCUGAAACUGGAAGGCAAUCUGAAGGAUGCCAUUGACAUGAACACCACCGGUACACGUCGCGCACUGGACAUUGCCAAGCAAAUGAAAGGCCUCGAAGCAUUCGUACAUGUUUCUACGGCCUUCUGCAACUGCGAUCAAGAGGUAAUGCACGAGAAGAUCUACGAAUAUCCACACAAACCAGAGGAUCUUAUGCGCAUGGUCGAAUGGAUGGACGUUAAGACGUUGGAUAGCAUUACGCCCGAGCUGCUCAAACCGCACCCGAACACAUACACUUACUCGAAGCGUUUGGCCGAAAUAUUGGUGCGUGAUCACUACGAAACAAUGCCGGUGAUUAUAGCACGUCCCAGUAUUGUUACUCCAGCCGUACAAGAACCAGUCCCCGGUUGGGUGGACAAUCUAAAUGGACCCACUGGUGUUAUGAUUGGUGCUGGAAAGGGCGUCAUACGUUCAAUGCUGUGCAAUGGUGAAUUGCGGUCGGAGAUAAUACCGGUCGACAUAGCUAUAAAUGGAUUCAUUUUGUUACCAUAUCGGUUCAGUACCAUGGAGAAAAGACCGCAAAAUAUACCAGUUUUCAAUCUAACCGUACCGGACGCGAAGAAGCGCACUUGGAAAUGGGUUAUGGAUGUUGGACGAGAUUUGGGAAUGAAGUAUCCAUUCGAAAUCGGGCUUUGGUAUCCGGAUGGCAAUUUGACCACCAACAAGCUUUAUCACUGGUUCUGCGUGGUCAUGUUUAUGUGGCUACCAGCCUACAUCGUGGACUUAUUGCUCACCAUUUUUCGACAGCGACGUUUCAUGGUCCGCGUACAAACACGCAUCGCCAUCGGCCUAGAAGUAUUGCAGUUUUUCACCACGCGCAGUUGGAAUUUCAAGUCCCAGAACUUUGAAAAGAUACAAGAAAUCUUGAGCGCGCGCGAUAAAAUUAUUUUCAAAAUUGAAAUGAAUGAUGUGGAUGACUACGAAUAUUUGCGUACGUGCAUUCUCGGUGGACGUCAGUACGUAAUGAAAGAGCCUCUGUCCUCGCUGCCACGGUCGAGAACUCAACUGAAAUUUUUAUACAUUUUGGAUCGGUUUUGCAAGUUCGUUUUUCUGGCUGGUCUGCUUUAUUGGAUUUGCUCCAAGUUUGGUGUGCUUGAGUACCUACGCGCCACGACGAUGGAAAAUAUCAAAUAAGCAAAAGAAAACUAUUUCAUGUUUUUAAGUUUCUAUAAUUUUAUGUAAUGAUGCAAUUUUGUGUAUAAAAGUACUAUCCGUUUUUUUUUAUUUUUCAUUGUAAAUAAUUAGUUAUGAGGUGACAAACCUUUGCUUGUUUUUAAAUAUUUGUACAAAAGUGAAUGAGUCAAAACGGGGUUAGAAAGUAGUUUGUAGUUGGUGUUAUAAGCUUUCACUGUUAGAUCCCAAAACCUAUGUAAAAAAUACUUUAUUUUAAGGUUCGGAUAUUACAUUGUAUUAUUGCUGCCGUAGUGUUCCUAAAUCAUACCGAAAUAUACUUGAAAUCGCUGAAAAU